GUUCGUAGUGGCGCGCCUGACGGUCAAGGCUCCGUACGCCACUCCGGAAAAAUAAAAAAAAACAAAUAGCGCGCGUUUUUAACUGUCAAACGUCAAGCGAUUUAUUUAAUUAUUUUUUUAAAAUUUCUGUUUCGAGUACAAAGUAACUGUAUAGUGCACUGGAUAAUGAGCUCGUGAUAGUGGCUACGUCUGGGAGACCGUUAAACAGACAACCAUGCAGUAUCCCUGAGAGCAUCAUGGGCCCCCCUAUUAACUUGUGGCCGAGCCACAGACCGACGUACGGCGCAAACACUCUCGAGAGUGUCGUGAACAGAUUGCGUGGUGUUGUGCAAGUGGGAGUGUUGUUGUUGGUGGUGCAGGUGCUGCUGGGAUACUGUGGGGUUACGGCGGGACCUGUGCUGGUCAGUCUGGACUAUCUACAAGGUCCUGUUCCAUUAGCGAGAAAUAUAAGACACUUACCUUGCGUAUCCAGACGGAGUGGCGAAGAGGGACUAUGUAUGUUUGCGAUAGACUGCCUAAAGGCGAAUGGAUCUCAUCUAGGAACAUGUAUCGACAGAUUUUACUUCGGCUCCUGCUGUCAGAUACCAGACAAAACUAUCCUUCCACAGAUUAUAAGCAACAAUAUAGAUGAUAACUCCAUAGAUAGUUCGAAUUUCGUUCAUCCACAGACUGAUGACAAGAUACCUGAUGUACCGAAUAUUAAUAAGAAUGAACUUAAACCUGAACGUCAAACGACAACACCAAGAAGCACUGAAAAUCCAACCAUAACUUCAAGAAGUACUGAAAGUUCAGCAACAGAUUCUAAAAGUACUGAAAGCUUAAUUGAAGUUUCAAGUAGUACAGAAAGUGCAGCUGUAAACAGUACUGAAAGUGCUCAAGACAACACGGAACCGAAUGAAAUAAGUAAGUUUGAUACAACAAUCAUAGAUAAUAAAAUAGAUGAAGCAACCAAUCUUGUAACAAAAGAAACCACAGAAUUUGCUAAAACCACAGAAAUACCGAUUAAACUAUCAACAUUUCAAACAGUAUCUGGAGACACAAGCAAUUUGAUUUUUGACAAACAUGAGACAACGAUUAGACCAGACAAAUUGGAAACAACCACAUCAACAGAGAGACCUAAGCCAACAAGGAAACCAGUAAAGCCAACCUAUAAGCCCAGGCCUACGUAUAGACCAACAAACUUCACGAGACCACAAUACACAGGAACUGGUAAACCAAGACCAACAAAGCCAAUCACAUCAUUUAAUGCUACACGAAAACCUCCAUACAGAUUACCACCAAAACGACCCUCAACAAAAAGGCCAGUGCCAAUUCCACCAAGACUUAAUAUUACAAUUUUACCUCAAAUUACAAGCAAACCAGUAUUUACACGACCGUCAGUACCUAUUAUUACUUUUAUUAAUUCUACUGUUUCAAAGACUGAAGAGGACAAAGUAAGUAGUCUGUCUUUUUCUACUGAAGCUAUAGUUUCAACUGUUGCGUUAACAACUGCCGCUUCUACUACUACAACCUCAACAACACCAAUACCAACAACAAAACCUCCUAAGACUACAAUAUCGACAACUACUACAACAACAACGACGUCAACAACAACACCGCAACCUACAACAACAACAACAACGACGACGACAACUACAUCAACAACACCACAACCUACAACAACAAAAACAACUACAUCAACAACACCACAACCUACAACAACAAAAACAACUACAUCAACAACACCACAACCUACAACAACAAAAACAACUACAUCAACAACACCACAACCUACAACAAUAAAAACAACUACAACAACAACACCACAACCUACAACGACAACUACAACACAUGCACCAGCCACCACUUUAUCUACAACAGUUGCAUCAACAGAACUAACUGAGAUUGAAGAAGCAGAAAUUGAAUUGACUGAGAAAGUUACUCAAAAUAUAAAAUUACCAGAAUCAACAUUAAUUGAAUUUGUGGGGGAAACAACAAAAGCAACAAUAACACUAGAUGUAACUGAAAACAUAAAUGAAACGACAUUGGAUGACACCAAAAAUGAAAUCGAGAUCACAACAGAAUAUCCUCCAUUUGUAACUUGGUCGAACACUGUUGAUACAGUAACUAAAACACCUGAGGCAACGAAACUUCCAGAAAUAACAACAACGGAAGCGGUUAAACCGCCAGAAACAACAACGACAGAAGCAACAAAGACUCCAGAAGCAACGACAACUCUAAAAGAAGAAUUAUGGUCUCCAAUAACGCCUCCAGAAGGCUGGGUUCUAAUAUCAACAAUUCCACCUAAGCCCGAAACAACAACCGAAUCUAUACCAGAACCGCAAGCCGAAACCACAAUCCCGCAGCUAACGCCAUCUCCAACAACCGAAACAACAACAACAACAUCAAAGCCACCCGAACAAACAACAUCAACAACAGAAACAACAAAGCCAUCAACAGAACAAAUUGUUGAGUUCACGGUUAAUGUCACGCUUUCUCCUACCGUACCAACAACAACUACUUCCAUUGGUUUGACGUCAGAAGGUUCUAAUGGAACAACGGGACUAACUGAAGAACAGAGUAGCGACAACAAGACUGAUGCAACAACACCAGCGACAACAACAACGACAGAAUCAUACAACAUGUCAAACUACAAGGAAGUGUGUGGUCGUCGGAUGUGGCCCCAGGGUCGUAUUGUUGGUGGUGCUAAGUCAGGGUUUGGACAGUGGCCGUGGCAGAUAUCGUUGAGGCAGUACCGGACAUCCACAUAUCUUCACAAGUGUGGCGCGGCCUUGCUGAAUGAAAACUGGGCAAUCACGGCAGCUCAUUGCGUAGAACAUGUUCCACCUUCAGAGCUGCUGGUUCGUCUCGGUGAGCAUGACUUGGCCAACGAGGAGGAGCCUUAUGGGUUUGCAGAGCGCCGUGUUCAGAUCAUCGCCAGUCAUCCGCACUUCGACCCAGCUACCUUUGAAUAUGACUUGGCUUUACUCAGGUUUUACGAGCCAGUAACGUUCCAACCCAACAUUCUCCCGGUCUGUGUUCCUGAUGAUGAUGAUGACUUCGUGGGUCGAACUGCCCACGUUACUGGCUGGGGAAGACUUUAUGAUGAGGGUCCAUUGCCGAGCGUUCUUCAGGAGGUAGAGGUUCCGGUGAUCAACAAUACGGCGUGCGAGGCGAUGUACCAGGCGGCUGGCUACAACGAGCAUAUCCCCAACAUCUUUAUAUGUGCGGGCUGGAAAAAGGGGGGCUCAGACAGUUGUGAAGGUGACAGUGGUGGUCCCAUGGUAAUAGAACGUACGAGAGACAACAGAUAUGUUCUGGGCGGGAUCAUUUCCUGGGGGAUCGGCUGUGCCGAGCCCAAUCAGCCCGGCGUCUACACCAGGAUAUCAGAGUUCAGAGAUUGGAUCAAUCAGAUACUACAGUUUUGAGUGCAACGAACUUGUGUGUGAACGUGUUCAAGUGACGUAAAACUGAUAUAGACAAAUUGGUUUACAAAGAAACUAGCUAAUUAUUUUAAUUAGGAGAAAAUUAAUAUUUAUGUGAAUGUGAUUGUUGAAAUUAUAUUGGCGAAGAACAAAUUCACUAAAUUUAUUGCUUACAUGUGUUUUUUUUCUAUAAAAAGUUGUGUAAAUUUCUUUAUAGUAAAAAAUUCCUUUAGUCAAUUUAAUGAAAGUACUCGUAUAAUUGGGCGCGCUUUAAAUGACAAGUACCAACGUAUGUGAAAGGACAGAAUCAACAAACCAGUGAAAUUAUAAUAACUAUACAAUGCGUGUUCCGAUGAUAUUUUUGUUCAUUAACUAUGUGUUUUUUACACCAUAUACUAAACGAUAAUACAAGUUUGCAUAUCAAAAUAUAUUGAAACAAAAUUAUAAAUAAUUUGCGGAUAAUUGGUUCCGCCAUUUUUUCUAUGCAAGUUAUCAUAACCUGUAUAUUAUUAUACUCUUUGUCUACGAUAUUCGCCAAUAAUUUUUUCUUUAUCAUAAUAUUCUUAAGAAUAGGCAAAGGUACAACUCUUUAAUGCCAUCCGUCCACAUGAUUCUAUUGUAAAUAAUAUUAAAAUGCAUUUAUUAUUUUAUUUAUGACUAGCCAUAAUGUUAGGUAAUUGAAAUUUAUUUUUACAACGAAUUUAAAUAUUUAUAAUAAAUUAAAUUUAGAAU